AUGUGGAGGUCAGAAUCGAAAUAUAAAAAUGUCUGUGCUGUGGAUUACAUAGUUUCAUCACCAGAAUUUGAAGUUGAUCAAAUAGAUCAUAAGUUUUUAGUUAGUGGCCAUUCAUACUUACCCUGCGAUCAAGAUUUUAGAGUUAUUAAGAAGGAAAAGAAAUUUUAUCCGAAUAUUUUGAUUCCUGGAGACUGGAAUAAGGUAAUAAUAAAUGCCAGAAAAAAAAAUUCAUUUAAAUUGGUAGAAAUGAAAAGUUUCGAUAUUUUUUCUACAAAAUAUUCGGAGAAUAACAUCACCAAUAGGAAAAUUUCCAAAGAUAAAGUAAAAGUGGAAUGGCUGAAAAUUCAAUGGCUACGCUUUCAGAAUCACUGCCCAUUUAAUAUACAGUUUAAGUACUCUAAUAACAACGAUGUUCUCUUUGAAACCGUUGAUAUAAGAACUGGUGGAGAAAUGCCAGAUUAUCCUGAAGAAGAAGAAGAAGAAGAAGAAGAAGAAGAAGAAGAAGAAGAAGAAGAAGAAGAAGAAGAAGAAGAAGAAGAAGACUAG